GCUUCUGCUGUUCCCAGGCAUGGAGAGGCGGUUCCAGAGAUGAUAAAGGCAGAUGCUGAGGAGUUGGAUGUCAUUUCUGGGUUGUUGUUUUUGCAGCUUGGACACUACUCGUGGGAAGCAAAGGGUUUGCUUGAUUUCCUUCUUCACUCAAACGGGCUGCCCUCACCAUGCUGGCUGCAAGCGGGACCCGCAUCCGCGUCCAGUUUGGGCGGCUCCUGGCGGAAGCGGGGCAACUCAGUGCUCCUGUGCGCCGGCCUCUAGGACCAGGGCUCCUGGGCUCCACGGCAUUGUCCUGCACAGAUCAGAACAGAAGCUCGGGGGCAACGGGUUCAACCGAGAAGGUGUACAAAGUGCCUGGCGGACACAAACCCUCAACAUUUGACAAGAAAAUCCUCCUGUGGACUGGACGCUUCAGAAAGGAAGAUGAAAUUCCUCCAAGGAUCCCGCCUGAGAUGCUGGAUGCUGCAAGGAACAAAGCCCGAGUAAAGGCCUGUUACAUUAUGAUUGCCCUGACAAUCAUGGCUUGCUUUGCUGUGAUUGCCUCUGCUAAAAGGGCUGUUGAACGCCAUGAAUCCCUCACAAGCUGGAACUUAGCAAAGAAAGCCAAGUGGCGUGAAGAGGCUGCAACAAGAGCAGAGGAAAAGGCAAAAUAAGAGUCAUCUGCUCUUGAAACUGGGAACGAAGAAAACACACAAAAUUGGCAAGUUAGCAAAAGAUAUACCCUCCAUGGGAAACACUGAAGUUGAACACAACUUACUACUAACAACUUUCAUUUCCACUUGUGUAACAAAUACUGGGAGAGAGAUAAUUAUUUUUUUCUGCCACAAGUGAAUAAAUAAAUCAAGCUCAGUCGAAAGUUGGCUCUGAAAGGCUUCAUCUGCUAUUUUGCUUCUAUUUGAACUUUUAAGGUCUUUGUAGUUAAAACUGAAAACACAGAAUUCCAUCAACCGUAACAGUGGCUUUUCUGACUAAAAUUCGUUACUCAACAAAAUUUGUCCUGAUAUUGUUGUCUUUGUCUGUUUGUUCCCUAUACAGUGGUACCUUGGGUUACAGAUGCUUCAGGUUACAGACUCCGUUAACCCAGAAAUAGUACCUCGGGUUAAGAACUUUG